GAGUUGACCAGGGCGCUCGAGAAAGAAGGGCGGUGGUUUCCACCAGAUCGCGAGAAGAAGGCGGAGCAGAUCCACAAGGAUGCUCAGGAGAUUCAAAAAGAUCGGAUACGUCGGAUACCCAAACACGAGGCACGGAAGAAAGCAAAAGCAAGAUUUCCCAAGGGGGGUGACAGCUUGAACCACAAGACCCAGACGGAUAGCGAGCUGCGUAAGAACUUGAGUGAUAAUGCAGAGCUGGUGUCAGGUUCCAGAAACCAAUUGCUGGAACGCAUCCUGAACCUGAACCGCAGUGGCCACAGAACUUCAGAAUAUUUGAUUUGA